CCCCAUACAAACCAUUCCACUCCCAAACACACCGGUCGCAUUACGUAACCCAGAUCGGGGCGUCAGAUCCAAUUGUCACCUCAACUGUCACUACACAACACUACAACGUUUCGGCGUGACGCCUGGAAACGGGUCCCUGCAACGGAAGGCGGUACCAGCAGCACCUACACCACCUGGAGCCUGACUCUGGCUCUCUGGACCCGCCCUGGGCUUAUCGGUGGUGGCCCUCUCUUGUCUUACGGGGUCUGACUUACUUUUUGGCAGCCCGCACGUGACGCGAUCAGUCACUAUAAGUUGGAGCAGUUGCCGCCUAUUGUGCCCACUAUUGCACCCCACUACCGCCGCUUCAGACAAUGGUCCACCAAGCAGAGUACCUCCCACCAACCGGCACAGACAUCUCCUCGGUCUUGCAAGGAGGCUAUGCCCACGCUUUGUCCCGUGAGUGGCAACAGGAGAGACAGUUGGCCAAGAACAUGUUCAUCUUCCCACUCUUUGUGUCGGACGACCCUGAGGAGGAGACGGCCAUCCCCUCGUUGCCCAACAUCAAGCGGUACGGACUCAACAAGCUCGUGCCCUACGUCGCGACCUUGGUGGCCAAGGGCCUCCGCUCUGUAAUUCUUUUUGGGGUGCCCUUGAAGCCUGGCGUGAAAGAUGCCCAGGCCACCGCUGCCGACGACCCCGAGGGUCCGGUGAUCCAGAGCAUCAAAGCAUUAAAAAAGGCAUUCCCAGACUUGUACAUCAUGUGUGACGUCUGCAUGUGUGAGUACACCGACCAUGGCCACUGCGGGGUGUUGUACGAAGAUGGCACCUUGAACCGUGAACAGUCGGUGUUGAGAAUCGGCAAGAUCGCUGUAAACUACGCGGCUGCAGGAGCUGACUGCGUGGCGCCUUCCGACAUGAUGGACGGGCGUAUCAAGGACAUCAAGAGAGGGUUGAUCGAUGCCGGCUUGGCCCACAAGUGUAUGGUGAUGGCGUACUCGGCCAAGUUCAGCGGAAACUUGUAUGGACCCUUCAGAGACGCUGCUGGUAGUGCCCCCAGCCAUGGGGACAGAAAGCGGUACCAGUUGCCCUCGGGCGGUGCUGGUUUGGCCCGCAGAGCUCUCGUUAGAGACAUGGAAGAAGGUGCCGAUGCGGUGAUUGUCAAGCCCUCCACCUUCUACUUGGAUAUCAUCAGCGACGCUUCCAAACUCUGCAAGGACUAUCCCAUCUGUGCCUACCAUGUCAGUGGUGAAUAUGCCAUGUUGCACGCAGCAGCUGAAAAGGGCAUUGUGGACUUGAAAGGGGUUGCAUUCGAAUCGCACCAAGGGUUCUUGAGAGCUGGUGCCAGAUUGAUUAUCAGUUACUUCACUCCCGAGUUCUUGGAGUGGUUGGAACAAUAGUGGUUCUGCUAGGACAUUUCUGCUAUGACUGAAAAUAAAUCUCUUACAAGAAUACUCGUCUCAUGGUUACAACAUGAUACCUGUAUCAAAUGGUGAUUACUAGAGUGUAAUCAGGGUGUAUCAAUGUGUAUUAGUAUAA